GUGAGAGAGAGAGGAAAGGAGGGGGGAGAGGAGAGGAGGUACCACUGCAGACGCACAGCCACUGUCACAGUUCCAGAGCCAGAGGACAGAGGCAGGAACGGCAGUGAACAGCAGCAGCACCAGAGAGCAUGGAGGAGCAAGACUCUAUCGUUCACCUGGACCUCUACCCUUCUCACUGACAACCUUCCUCUGGGAAUACCCCGUGACGAGUGGAGUAGAGAAGAGAAGAGGAGGGAGAUAGAGGACAAGGAGAGGACUCUCUGGAUCUGCCCUUCAGGAGAGGAAGCACCAGUCCCUUACUCUAGUGGGACAAAUCACACACUUCUUUUUUUGUUGCCUGUCGGACCUGUGUCUUGGGCUAUCUUUAAUCUGCAGUCACCCUCUCGACUGUGUGGACUUACGUUGACCCUGGAGAGGACCAUGGGGCUAGGGUGGAGGUGGAGGGGUGCAGGAGGGACCCCCAGCAUAAGGACAGGGGGAAGCACCUUCCUCUGGGUGACAGUACUUCUGCUCUGUGGUACCUGGAGGGCUAACACACAGAUGGUAGAGGACACCAAGUCUGUGUACUUCUGGGAAACAGGGCCAUGGGGCAGAUGUAUGGGCAGUGACUGUGGCCCAGGUGGCAGCCAGAGUCGGGCUGUGUGGUGUGCCCACGUGGACGGCUGGACCACCCUCCACACCAACUGUGACCAGUCCCAGCGGCCUUCCAACCAGCAGAACUGCUUCCGUGUGUGCGACUGGCACAAGGACCUUUACGACUGGAAACUCGGUGCCUGGAACCAGUGUGUGUCCGUGUCAACGAGAACCUUUGGGGGCAUGCGGCCAUAUGUAUGCAAUGGGGGUGAGGAGGGCAUUCAGACCCGGGGGGUGGGCUGCGUACUAAAGUCAGACGAAUCUCUCGGAGACGACACUAUCUGUGAGUACUUUGAGCCCAAGCCUCGGCUAGAGCAGGCCUGCCUCAUCCCCUGCCCUCAGGACUGUGUAGUGUCUGAAUUUACCCCCUGGACUUCCUGCUCAAAAACCUGUGGAACCGGACUAAAGAACCGGGUGCGCAGUGUCCUGGUGCCUCCACUCUUCGGGGGUUCAGCCUGCCCAAACCUAACCGAGUUCCACACCUGUAAGCCAGGGCCUUGUAAGGGGCCUGAGGGGGUGUACAGCCUCAGGGUGGGGUCCUGGAUGCCCUGUUCUCUCCCCAUUUCCCGGCCGGUGCGGCAGGCCAAGCAUAGGAAGGGUAAAGGGGGGGCCAGGGAGAGGCCUGGGGUCAAAGACCCUGAUACUAGGGAGCUGAUCCAGAAGAAACGGACCAGGAACCGGCUCAACAGGCAGGAGAGCCCCUUCUGGGACAUCCAGGUGGGAUACCAGAGUCGCACGGUGUCCUGUGCACACAGGAACGGGAGCACGGUGGGACUCAGUCUGUGUCUACCCUGGGACCUCCCUCUGACGGUCCAGUCCUGCAUCCUCGCUAAGGACUGUAAGCUGAGCGAGUGGGAAGACUGGGGCCCCUGCUCCAAGGCCUGUCUAGACCCAGACCCUGAGUCCCCCAGGGGCCAACGCUCCAGGACCAGACGAGUGCACCAGUUCUCCGUGGGGGAGGGGGAGGACUGCCCACCGCUGGAGGAGACGGAGCCAUGUGACCCCCAGGGGGAUGGAGUACUGCCCUGCGCCACUUACACCUGGAGGACUACAGAGUGGAGCGACUGUAGAGUGGACUCGUUGUUAAGCCAACAGGACCGUCGGCGUAGCAACCAGACCGGCCUGUGUGGGGGAGGGCUCCAGAAUCGAGAGGUGUACUGUGUCCAGGCCAACGCCGAACUACUGACCUACCUCAACAACCUCAAAGACAAAGAUGAGGGUCAGACCUCAAACCAGCAGAAGCCUAGUGUUCCCCCUCUUCUAUCCAUCAGCUUUGAAGUUACAGCAUCCCGUCCUGUGGACAGCAAGCUGUGCGGGGGUCCCGUCCCCAACACGUCCCAGCUGUGUCACAUCCUCUGUCCCAUCGAGUGUGAAGUGUCCCCAUGGGGGGCCUGGGGACCCUGCACCUAUGAGAACUGUGCCGUCCAAGAAGGGAAGAAAGGUUUUAAACUGAGGAAACGGGAGAUCCGCAAUGAGCCAACAGGUGGACCAGGGAACUGUCCUCACCUGGUGGAGGCUGUCCCAUGUGACGAACCCAGCUGCUGGGACUGGCGCCUGGUCAGACUGGAUGAGUGUAUCCCGGACGGGGAGCUGCCGUGUGGCCCCGGGACACAGAUACCUCAGGUCCAGUGUGUCAACAGCACUGGUGACAUGGUGGACAAGGAGCUGUGUGGGGGAGCCUCUACCCCUGAGCCCAUCACCUGUGAUGUGCCUUGCCCUAAGAACUGUGUCCUCAGCGACUGGACCUCCUGGUCCUCCUGCUCCCAAACCUGUUCCAGCAAAACCAUCGAGGGCAAGCAGCUGAGGACUCGCUCCAUACUGGCCUACAAUGCUGGCGAAGGUGGUGGCAUGUGCCCCAACAGCAGUUCCCUGCAGGAGGUGCGUAACUGCAACGAGCAUGCAUGUACGGUGUACCACUGGCAGACUGGCCCCUGGGGCCCCUGUACUGAAGACCCCUCAGCCUCAGCCCUCAACACCACAACUGGCCCCAGGUCUGCUGCCGGCCCCAACAGCAGUGGACAGGGACCCUGCUCCCGGGGCAUGCAGACACGCAAGGUCAUCUGUGUCCGGGUCAACGUGGGACAGGUGCCACCCAAGAAAUGUCCUGAGAGUCCUCGUCCAGGUACAGUGCGACCCUGUCGAAUGCCCUGUAAGAGGGACUGCAUCGUCACCCCCUUCAGCGACUGGUCCCAGUGCUCUCCCACCUGUGAUGCAGCUGGUAACAUUCAGAAGACGAAGCAGUCAAGAAACCGCGUCAUCCUCCAGCUGCCAGCCAACGGGGGCCAAGACUGUCCUGAGGUGCUGGAGGAGGAGAAGGACUGCGAGGCUCCUAAAGUCUGCCCUGGUUACAGGUGGAAGUCACACAAAUGGAGAAGGUGUCAAUUGGUACCAUGGAACAUCAGGGAGGACAGCCCAGGGGCUCAGGAGACAUGUGGACCAGGUCUUCAAACAAGAGCCGUGUCCUGUCGCCAGCUGGACGGAGUGCAGGCAGACAUUGGAGAGUGUCUGAAGUUUGCCAACACCAUGCCCUCCAUCACUCAGCGGUGCCAGCUUCCAUGCCAGGAUGAUUGCCAACUCACCAACUGGUCCAAGUUCUCGUCCUGCACAGCUGACUGUGUGGGGGUCCGAACCAGGAAGAGGUUACUUGUAGGGAGAAGCAAGAAGAAGGACAAGUGUAAGAACACCCAGAUGUACCCUCUGAGCGAGACCCAGUACUGCCCGUGUGACAAGUACAACGCCCAGCCUGUGGGCAACUGGUCCGACUGCAUCCUGGCCGUGGGAGACCGGGUGGAGAGCCUGCUGGGCAUGAAGGUCCAGGGGAACAUCAAGGAGUGUGGCCAGGGCUACCGCUACCAGGCCAUGGUGUGUUACGACCAGGACAACAGACUGGUGGAGACCUCACGAUGCAACAGCCACGGCUACAUUGAGGAGGCAUGCAUCAUCCCCUGUCCGUCAGACUGUAAGCUCAGCGAGUGGUCCAACUGGUCCCGCUGCAGCAAGUCAUGUGGUAGUGGGGUCAAAGUGCGUUCCAAGUGGCUCCGGGAGAAACCCUACAACGGAGGGCGACCCUGCCCCAAACUGGACCACAUCAACCAGGCCCAGGUGUAUGAGGUUGUGCCAUGUAUUAGUGACUGUAGUCAGUAUGUGUGGGUGGCUGAGCACUGGAGUGUAUGGAAGGUCAGCAACUUGGACCUGAAGGAGAACUGUGGAGAGGGAGUCCAGACCCGCAAAGUCAGGUGUAUGCUGAACACUAUUGACGGUCCAUCUGAGUCUGUGGAGGACUACCUGUGUGACCCAGAGGACAUGCCCUUGGGGACGCGGGGAAGCCGGCUGCCCUGCCCCGAGGACUGUGUCCUCUCUGACUGGAGCAGCUGGAACCGCUGCAGCCUGCCAUGCAGCUACAACAACAGCAGGAAACGGACAGCCUACGCCAUCCGGUCACCUGGAGAAGGGAGACAAUGUCCGGACACCACAGAGAAGGAGCCAUGUAGUCUGAACCUGAACUGCUUUCACUAUUUCUACAACAUCACAGACUGGAGCACUUGUCAGCUAAGUGCCAAUGCUGUGUGUGGGAAUGGCAUCAAGACGCGGAUGCUGGACUGUGUACGCAGCGACGGCAAGUCUGUCGACCUCAAGUUCUGUAAGGAGCUGAGCCUGGAGAGGAAGUGGCAAAUGAACAUUUCCUGUGUGGUGGAGUGUCCCGUCAACUGCCAGCUGUCUGAUUGGUCGGCCUGGUCAGAAUGCUCGCACACGUGUGGACUGGAUGGGAGGAUGUGGCGUAGCAGGGGGGUGGUGCAGGGGUCCCAGGGAGACGGGCGUCCCUGUCCCUCUCAGCUGGAGCAGUGGAAACCUUGUCCUGUCAGACCCUGUUACAGGUGGCAGUACAGUCCCUGGUCUGAGUGCAGGGUGGAGGAGGUGGUAUGUGGAGCGGGACUUCGCUACCGGAACCUGACGUGCUUCGUGUCAGACGGCUCCGGAGAAGGAGAGGCCAACAUGGUGGAGGAGGAGCUGUGUGGGGGUCUGGAGCUGGCUGUCAACAGAGACAAGCUGAUCAUACUGAAGGAGACCUGUGUUCUGCCCUGUCCAGGUGAAUGCUACCUGAUGGAGUGGUCUGACUGGAGCCCGUGUCUGAGUGUGUGUGCCAAAGGGGCCGGCGUGGACUUUGGCUCUGUCCAGGUGCGCUCGCGAGCCGUCAUGGCCCAGGAGCCCGAGAAUGUCCAGCUGUGUCCUGACCAGGAUUGGGAGUCCCGACCUUGCACUGAUGGGGAGUGUUUUGAGUACAAGUGGAUGAGCAGCACGUGGUUAGGCUCCUCUCGCGUCACCUGGUGUCAGCGCUCUGAUGGACUCAACGUCACAGGAGGAUGCCCCCAUAUCAAUCCUCCAGGGGACGACAACAACUCCUGUGACCCGCCGUGUCAAUUGCCAAUGUCCUUCUGCACUGAGGCUGGCGUGUGUAUGUGCGAGGAGGGCUACACAGAGGUGAUGUCCUCCAGUGGCCAGCUGGACCACUGCACCCCCAUACCCAUUCUGGUGAUCCCCACAGCCGGGGACAAGAAGACUGACGUGAAGACCAGCCGUGCCAUCAAGCCCACCUUGCCUGCCACCAUACAGCCUGGACGCACCGGACGCACCUGGUACCUGCAGCCCUUUGGACCAGAUGGCAAGCUGAAGAUGUGGGUAUAUGGUGUAACAGCGGGAGCCCUGGUACUGCUCAUGUUCAUAGUGUCUAUGAUAUACCUAGCUUGCAGUUACAGUGUCCUCCGCCGCCGUCUUCAGGCCACUGAGUCCAACGCCAAUGGGACGGUGGUCUGGAUGGGUCAAAAUGCACACGAGUUGACUUAUACCUGCCCCGAUUGCCAAGAGUUGGGCCAAAGCAGUAGCCAAAGCAGCGGCCAAAGCAGCGGCCAAAGCAGCGGCUAAAGAGGAAAAAGAGGCAGCUCUACAAGUAGCUGCAGUGCCAAUCAUUGACCCCUGACCUCUGUGACCCCUCCACCAGUGUCACAUGACGUGUCCCGCUUGACCAGCUGUGUGAAGUUGCUAGUGCAGGUGAAGUCCCAGGAAAUCGCCUUCUAUGGGUCCCUCAUACUGUAGGUGGUAGGCUCCGGAUAGAACCUGGUCGUAAGUAGGCUUCCGACUUUAGGAUGAGCUUACCUUCACCAAAUAAUUAACCUAAACCAUUAGGGCAGUGGUCUCCAGACCCUAACACACCCAAUUACUAAUCAACAUCUCAAGAUGAAGAUUAGCUCAUUUAGAAGUGUUAGUUUUGGCCUGGAACAAAAUCUGUGACCAGGCUUAGUGACAACUAAUGUAACCAUCAUUGACUUAUUCAACCCCUAUUAAGACUCAUUCUGACCUUUUCCUGAAGACUUAUUUGUUUUCUUGAACGUAAAAUCGCACAAUGAUGAUGUCAUACUGCCCUCUGGUGGCCAUGACAGAUAGCUACUAUAUUUUAGAGCAGGAGCAACAUUCCCCUGCUUUUAUCGAAUCCCCUCUGCCAUCUCAUCCCUGUUUAUCUAUUUACCAUACAUUGUCACACACAGUUAUUUCGGUGCUCACAUUUGUUAUACAUGGAACACCAAUUAUUGAGGAUGAUCUCGUUCACGUUACCAUCAAGAAAUAUGGACAAAUGCAGUAGAAGUAAGCGUUUACACAUGCAUCUUUUGAGGCAUUAACAAUUGCAGGACAACAAUAGUGCUUCUCUUUUCCUAGGAUGGUGAUGGUUGCUAAAUAGCUCUGUAAUAUUCUUGCACUGUCAGAGCCAAUACAAGAGGUACCUUAUAGCUCAGAGCCAUAGAAGUCAAGUGAAGCAUGGCCACAGAUAUUAAUGCAAAUUAACAUACUAAUACCUUUUAACUUGCUUUUUAUCUUUUUGAUAUGCCAAUGUCUUUUCCCGAAAUGUCUGUUUUAUAGAGAUAUCAUUCAUUUGGAACAAUCGCAGCGAUAUGUUAGAACUGACAUAAUAGUAAUAGCCACUUUCUAGUGCUGCUGGUGUUUUACUUGCACAGUAGUGUAUAGAUUGUAAGGCAGGGUAGUAACCUGUUGUCCUCUCUUCCUCUUAGCAAAAAGCCAAAGAAACCAAAGAGACAGAGGCAAAUGAACAACCGAUUGAAACCUCUCACCUUAGCCUAUGAUGGGGACGCUGACAUGUAGGACUCUGGGGUAGCCUAGUCCUCCAGAGACCUGCCCCACCUGCCGUAAAAACAAAGAGACAUAUCCCAUCAUAGGAAGGACAGGGAUGUUUUCAUCUUGCAGAUCAGAAGAAGAAGACCAACGGCCAUCUUGAAUCCAUUUUGGGCCCUCAUGUGUUAAUUGGAGAUUGGAAUUGAGGAAAUAUUUCUCCACUUAUACAUAUUUGGGUUUAGUCCAUUUCAAGCAGCAGUUCUCCUUUUCCAUUUUCUUUUGUGAUAUUUCCUUAAACAAAAGCCUUCUCAGCCUCCACUCACUACGAGGAAAAUGCCUUUUUUUGUUUGCCCAUUUUUUGCUUUCAAACGGAAGGGCUGCUGCGAAGAGACAAACUUUUCUGUCUUUGAACAAAAACAGCACAAGCUCAUUUCCUUGCCGUGUUUUUCUGCUCGUCACUGAAACGUUGAGUAGCUGGAGGCUUAGGAUGCACUGGCGGUUCGCACGUUGCCAAAAGUCACCGCAGGGAAGGGGAGGAAAAUCUCCAUGAAAAGGCUUGGAUUCCUUUCCUUUCUGGGUUUUGACUGAAAUCUCCUUCGGUCGCAAACAAAGAGAUACUUCUGGUUUCCGGUUGAUUCCUAGACAGAGGCCUAUCUUGAAGGAUAAACAUAUACAGACUGAGAACACAAGAUGAGAAACAAUCCCUGGUUACUGGAUCUAUUGCCUGUCUCCCUUUUGCUUUGUUUCAGGCACAAUUAUUGCACUAUAUUAGUGCAGCAUGAUAUGCACAUGAUGAGUUAUACGUUGUAUUGCCAUAGAACAUUGCCUCUCUUAAGACACAACCAAAUGCAGUUGGAAACUAAAUGUGAAAAUAAUGGGUAUUUUCAAGGCCAUGGAUACAAGAUAACUGGAGAUGAUGUCCACGUUCUAUAACACAGGGGGGUGUGAAUCAAUAGUAAAUAUGUAUAGAUUUUAUUUUGUCAGAACUCGUUUUGUUUUUGGUCCAGUAUCUUUUGUGGUCUAUAUACUGUAGUUUGUUUGGUAUUGUCCCUCUCUCUAUGCCCGAAUGAAAUUGAACAGACGACUUAAAUGAGGACCAUUGAUUCUGUUCUUGCUUACAAUGAGAUAUUUCCAAUGGUUUAAAUGUUCUAAAUAUGAAACAUAGCCCAUAUGUACAUGGAAGAUAAAUGGGUAAAUGGAUUUUCUUAUUUUUUAGAUAACUUGUUUCGCAAAAAACAAAACACUUCUAAAGCUAAAAUGAUGUGUGUGACUACUAUUGUAUUUUUACCUCAUUUAUAAUGUCACGCAACUCUAACUUCUGCCUUAUUGUGUCAAUGAUCAACUAUAUACAGUACCAUAUACAUUCAUGAAACCAACAUAUUUAAUAAUGGGUGCAGCACAGGUUUAAACUGUAUUUCAUUGAUUCAUGGGAUGAAUGACUGAUGAAUUUGGUGAUUGAUGAAUUUCGAUAGAAGUUAAACGAUACCAUUUUCUAGGACAAAAGGCUCUAGGAACAAGACUAUUUAAAUGUCCUUUUUUCACAAUGACCCAUAUCAUAGGUGCCCUUAGACAUAUUAUAAUGAUGCAGUCGUUCUCCCGGUGUACAAUAUCACAUCAUAUAUUCUGUAUAUAUAUAUCGAGGUCCAUCUAAGCAGCCGUCAUUACAGUAUAUGAAUACAGAGGAAAUAUGACGCCGUUUUUCUACAGUGGCAGAAUUCGACCAGUCUGCCUGAUAGCUAGAAGAGCAGCUGAUGAGGAGAAUGUUUACUUUUUUUUGUCAGUUUUCCUUUUAAAUAUUUUUUGAAUUUUUGGAGAGAAAAAAAAAAAGAUCAACAUAUGUGUACAUUUAUUUUGUAUUUCACACAAAUGUUUAGUUUGAAUAUUGCAAAGUGGGUGUAUGCUAUUACUGAUGGUGGUUCUCUUGAAGCAAGCUGUGUGUUGUACAAAAAGAUAAGACUCCGUCAUUUUGUAGAGAUUGUAUCGGAAGUAUUACUAAAAAUAAAUGAAGAAAGUGUUAUAAACAUACUAAG